AUGGAUGUGUAUCGGAGAUUUUUCACUGAGGGACACUUGGAUGAUCAAGCCUUCCUCCACCAUGACAUGGUAGAGCCACAGGGACUGUGGGGAGAAGCAGUCCCGGGGUCUGAGACGCAGAACACAGAGGUCAAGGACUUGAGAGAGACUGGAAACGGCCUCAGAAUGAGUCUGACAGGCGUCCUGGCCCUAGGGACACAGGGUGGGAGAAGUCACUGCUGGCUGGAGGCAGGCUUUCAUUCCCUGCAGGAGAUGGGGCUCAAGAUCUCAGAAGACGACAGCACCAGGAGCUUUGGGCAUUUCUGCCAUGAUGGGGAGCUCUUCCUCUCCUAUGACCUGAAGACCCAUGGAUGGACUGUUCCCCCAUCCUCAGCUAGACCCAGUAACACAUGCAUCCAAGAAAUCCCAUUCCUGGCCCAGCCUCUUGCCCGGGCUAAGGACCUGGGUCCCAGCGUGCAGAACAGACUUGGAGAAGUGCCCUCAACAGUGAACAUGCUCUGCAGCCAGGCCUUGGAAGGCAUGAUCCCUCUGACAUGCUGGGCUUUCAGUUUCUCUCCCAGGAAUACCUCCCUGACCUGGCUUCAGGAUGGGAACCCCUGAGCAAAGAUUACCAGUAGUGUCGGGCAUGGGACCUACUGGACAAGAGGGGCCAUAAAGUCUCAAGGAGAGGAGCAAAGGUUCACCUGCCACAUGGAAGCCACAAGGAACCACACUGUACACUGUGUGCCCUCAGGUGAGCCUGGGGUGAUCCGGGGAGGGGGUUCUGACCCUGGUUGA